GUUGGCACUAAGUGCGCCGCGGGCUGGUGCGCAUAUGUGUAUAUUUUAAACAUAAAAUAUAAAUAUUAAGCUGAUCAGCACAGAUACUUUGCGUGAUCUCAGCAGAUCAUUUUAUCGAAAAGCCACAAUGCUGAGAAAGCUAUGUGCGGAUUAUCUUGGGCGUUGUUGUCCAUGAUCCCUGGAAAGUGACGAGCACAGUCUGCCGUAGAUCACUUUAUCGAAAAGCCACAAUGCUGAGAAAGAUAUGUGCGGAUUAUCUUGGGCGUUGUUGUCCAUGAUCCCUCGAAAGUGACGAGCACAGUCUGCCGUUGAUUGGUCUAAUCUCUGGUGUAGAGAAGGUGGCGUUGGGCAAAGGGGCCAAGCUAGGCUAUGGAGGACGGGCGUCUUGGAGAUGCGGACACGAACGGCGCGGCGACGGAUCAGCCGUCGCCCGAGUGGUAUGCGACACCCUGCGUUAUGGGUAUCGACGAGGCCGGUCGGGGUCCCGUCCUAGAUUCUAAAACAUUGACAGAAGCGAAGAGAGAGGUGCUUUUUGAGAGUAUCAAGGCAGAUCAGUCGAUUGCAUGGGAUGUUGACGUCAUUCCUGCAUCUCUCUUGUCGGCACAAAUGCUUAGCAGACAGAAGAGGAGCUUAAACGCCAUAUCCCAUGAGUCGGCAAUAGGACUCAUUCAGAGGGCCUUGAACAAAGGAUGCAUUCUGGCAGAGGUGUUCUUGGACACAGUUGGGGAUGCAGAGAAGUAUGCGUUGAGGCUGAGGGAGAAAUUUCCAGGAAUAGAGAUCACAGUGAGCAAGAAGGCUGAUAGCUUGUUCCCCAUUGUCAGUGCUGCCAGCAUUGUGGCAAAGGUGACGAGAGAUCAUACUCUGCGGGACUGGAAAAGCGAUAGCUGUUUAGAAACUGGGAGUAACUUUGGCUCAGGCUAUCCCGCAGGUGAUGCUCCCCGCCAAUAGAAAAUGUUAAAAACAAAAAGGAGAGAUGGCUGAGUGGUCGAAAGCGACAAGUUAACUAGUAAAUCGUCCCCUGGUGA